GGUGGUGGUGCUUGUGUGCGCGGACGCCGGCUGCUUCGUAAAAAUUCUAUCUACAAUUUGCUAGUGAUAUAAAUGAGGAAUUUCGGCCGAAAAUAGCUUUCCAGCAAGAUGAAGUUCAAAAUUCACUAUUGGAUGGUAGCGCUGUUCUGCGCAGUAGUUCUGCCUUCAGUAUUGGGUAAAACCAACUCCAAGAGCGCUGUGGUCGAGGGCAUUACCGACAUGAAGGAGCUCAAGAAGCUCUUCCGCACGAAAACCAACGUGCUGGUGCUGUUUGUGUCCAGCCUAAAGGAAGCCCAAAGUACUCUGGGAGCCUUCCGGGAUGCAGCCGAGAUCAUCAAAGGGCAGGGCACGAUGGUCCUGUUCGAUUGCAGCAACAGUGACAUGAGGAAGAUCUGCAAAAAACUGAAAGCCAGCCCGGCUCCGUACACGUUAAAGCACUUCAAGGAUGGGGACUUCCACAAGGAUUACGAUCGACAGCUAACGGCCACCAGCAUGGCCAAUUUUAUGCGUGAUCCUACGGGAGACUUACCGUGGGAAGAGGACCCCGUUGGGGUCGAUGUCGUUCACGUUCCGGACUCGGUGGCUCUAGGAAAGUUCCUGAAAAAGGAAGUUCGACCCGUUCUAGUGAUGUUCUACGCCCCGUGGUGCGGAUUCUGCAAAACUCUAAAACCAGAAUAUUCGGCUGCGGCCACCGAACUGAAACCGAAAUACGUACUGGCUGCCAUCGAUGUGAACCGACCGGAAAAUUCCAUCAUCCGGAAGCAGUACAACAUUACGGGAUUCCCAACGCUUCUCUACUACGAGAACGGUCGCAUGAAGUACACCUUCGAUGGCGAAAACAGCAAAGCGGGAAUUGUAGCGUUUAUGAAGAAUCCUGCUGCGCCCCCGCCGACCAAACCCAAGGAACCGGAUUGGGCGUCGGAGCCGAACUCGGAAAUCGUACAUCUGGGCAGUGCCAAUUUCGAACCGGCCCUGAAGGAUGAAAAGUCCGCCCUGGUAAUGUUCUAUGCCCCGUGGUGUGGCCAUUGCAAGAAAAUGAAACCCGAAUACGAGAAGGCGGCGACCAUCAUGAAGGAGAAGAAAAUCGCCGGCGUGCUGGCGGCGCUGGAUGCCACCAAGGAGCAGGCCAUCGGUCAACAGUUCGGAGUGAAGGGCUAUCCGACGGUGAAGUACUUUAGCAACGGGGAGUUCAAGUUCGACGUGAACGUCCGGGAUGCGGAUAAGAUCGUGGAAUUUAUGAAGAAUCCGUCGGAGCCUCCCCCACCGCCAGCGCCAGAAGCACCCUGGGAAGAAGAGCAGAACGAAGUGGUUCACUUAAACGACGAAUCCUUCAAACCAUUCCUCAAGAAGAAAAAACACGUUUUGGUCAUGUUCUACGCUCCUUGGUGUGGCCAUUGUAAGCGUGCUAAGCCAGAGUUUGCCAACGCUGCCGAGCAGUUCAAGGAUGAUCCGAAGGUCGCUCUGGCGGCAGUCGAUUGCACCCGCCACAGUGGAAUCUGUUCUGCGUACGAAGUUCGUGGAUAUCCAACGAUGAAGUACUUUAGCUACUUGAAAACAAUCAAGGACUACAACGGAGGACGGACGGAAGCUGACUUCGUUAAGUUUCUCAAGGAUCCUAGCGCCCCAACGCAGGAAAAGGCAGCAGCAGAACCGUUCGGCGAUUUUCCCGGAUCGGAAAAAAUAAUUAUCAUGGGCGAUAAGAAUGCGGACGAAGUGCUUCAAAACGAAGAUCGUCUCCUGGUGAUGUUCUACGCUCCGUGGUGUGGCCACUGUAAACGAAUGAAGCCGGACUUUGCCGAAGUGGCCAGCAUGUUGGUGAAAAAUCAUGUCCCCGGUAAAGUGGCGGCCAUCGAUUGUACCGAACACCCCAAAACGGCCGAGCGGUUCGAGAUUCAAGGAUAUCCCACGAUGAAAUACUUCGUUCAGGGGAAAUUCAUUAAAAACUACGAAGGUAAACGCACGGCUCAGGCCAUGUUUGAAUUUAUCCGUUCCAAUGGGGCCAAUCAAAAAGAUGAGCUGUGAAGGGGGAGCAUGUCUCUCAAUGCAAGACGAGACAUGGGUUUGUGAUCUGAUGAAACUCGCACAAAACGCUGAAACGCGGUUGUCAUGGGACUAUUGGCGAGUGAUCUUGAUACUGUAUCUGCCUCAGUUUAACUAUUCCUUUUUCUGUCUGAACUUUUCUCUCGUGUAUUUAAAGAUCUUUAUUUUCUACAAACAACUUUUUUAUAUCGAAUCAAUAAUUUAUCUGAAUGACAGUUGAGACGUGUAUUAUACAUUUUUUAAGUGAAACUCAGAAGCUAACACACUUUUGGCGUAACAAAUCAACUAAAAGACUUUCUCGAAUGAAUAUAUCGCGGGUUGAAUGAAUGAUAUUAUCUGAGUAAUUGCACAGAAUCGUGUGAAUGAAAUAUAGGUGUUUUAUUAUUUAAAUGUA